AUGACUUCAAUUGAUAUUAUUGUUAUCCUAGUUACUCUGUUUUUGGCUCUUCCGGAUGAAUGGAGUGGUCUUGACAGUUCCUGGUGUCAUGGAUUUUUGAAAGAAGCAGAAAGGCACAAUACAAAAGACCUUGCAACUUUAAAGGUCAACGUAGCAUCUUUCUUUUAUUUAACCAAGGGAGCUCUUGAUUAG